UUUUAUAAAGUGAUGUAAUCUUCUUAUGGAGUCAGCAAAAUCAAUACAUUUUACAAGCAAUGGCAUCCUCUUAUAUGUCUAUUACACAACCAGUGGUUUCGUCUAACUCUAAACUACGUUCAGGGAUAAAUAGCUUUAGCUCAUGCUCAAGUUACACGAAGAAUUCUCGCGUGUUAUCAACACUUUGCAAGGGUUCUAUCAAUCCGAGUUUUCAUCUCGAUCUAUCACACUCAAAUCGAAGCACUUCGAAGCAUUACACAAGAGUAAGAAAAUUAGAAUCAGAUUGGGAAGAGAGCAAAGAUGAAGAGAAAUCUGAUCAGGAAGAGAGCGAAGAUGAAGAGAAAUCUGAUUGGGAAGAGAACAAAGAUGAAGAGAAUGACAAUAACAAGGAAGACCGUCGAGCGGAGGAGACGGUUCGAAAGCUAUACACUGAUAUCAAGGACCGAAACAUCAUGGAGAAAGACUAUCAGGCAGAGGAGACAGUUCUAAAGCUAUACUCCGAUAUCAAGGACCGAAACAUCGAUGGAAUUUCAGAAGUUAUUGGAGAUGAAUGCCAGUUCUUUUCCAACUUUUUAUCUAAGUAUCGACUUUUGCAAGGCAAGAAGCAAGUUAUGGCUUUCUUCUACUGGUUGAUCAAGAAGCUGGGAAAAGAUAUCAAGAUUAUUGUUAAACCAACGUUCAAAGACGGCAUGACCGUUGGAGUUCAAUGGCAACUCGAAUGUGAUAAGUCACACAUCCAAUUGGGGAAGGGAUUCAGUUUCCACAUUUGCCAUAUGUACCAGGGAAAGCUGUUGAUAAAGAAUGUUGAGAUGUUCAUGGAGCCAAUUUUCCACAUAGAGCAUCUAAGACUAAGAACUAUGGCGUUUGCAGUGAGUAUGGCUGAGAAGAUAUUCACUUUGUUGAGACCAGGGGAAAACACAAGGAGACAAGCAAUGAUACUCCUGCUACUUGCUCUUCUGCUGCUUGCUGCAGCCGCUUUCUACUUCACACGACUGAGUUUCUGAUAAAAACACGCGAAUAACAUGGAAGAUAGCAGGAAAUAAAACCAUAGAAAAUAAGAUUUUUCUAUCAGUAGGAUGCAAAUAUUUCCAACAGGGAAAACAUAGUUAAACACAUGAGUUUUUUUUUUUCCUAAGACAUUCAUGGGUGAAUGGCGUUAAAUACAAAACAUAUGCGCCAUUUCACCCUUAACACUAGAGUUUCAGUA